AUGGCACCUUAUGAAGCUUUGUAUGGAAGAAAGUGUCGAACUCCUUUAUGCUGGGCUGAGACAGGAGAAAGAAAAAUCAUUGGAGCUGACUUAGUAGAUGAUGCUACUGAAAAGGGUGUAAAGAGAUUUGGCAAAGUGGGGAAACUGAGUCCAAGGUAUGUUGGCCCAUUUGAAAUAUCAGAGAGAGUUGGAAGUGUGGCCUACAGAUUGGAUUUGCCAUCUCAUAUGAGUAGAGUACAUAAUGUAUUCCACAUCUCUUCUUUGAGGAAAUACAUUGCAGAUGAAGCUCAUAAGAUCAAUACUGAAUCAAUAGAUAUCCAACCAGAUUUGACUUUUGUAGAUGAGCCUGAGAAGAUCAUAGAUUAUAAUGUUAAGCAGCUUCGAAGCAGAGAGAUUCCUUAUGUUAAGGUUCUUUGGAAGCAUGGAUGUGAGAGAGAUACUAUAUGGGAGAAGGAAUCAGAGAUGAGCGAAAGCUACCAACACCUAUUUGAUUAA